AUGUUUAGAGCCAUAUUGUACCGACUUCCACGAAAGCAAGUGAUAUGCAGAUAUAGUAGCGCUUGUACCACUUUUAGCGCACGACCAAAUUCCCUCGUUGGAGUCGGCAUCGCCACACGCGCCCUGAUGCAUGGUCCUCAUCCAAGUAACAAAAUCAGCCCCGCUUGUUCUUUCCGUGGAUUUAUGAGUAUCGCAAGAAAACCGAAAAAUCCAGAGGAUCCGAAUGCUUUAAAAGGAGAUAUGCUUGGUGUUUCCUUGACAGAGCGAGCCAUUGAGAAAUUGCGCACCCUGUCGGAACAUGAGAGAGAUCCGAAAUUAGGGCUUCGUGUGAUUGUUGAACCAGGUGGUUGUCAUGGAUAUGUCUACAAACUAGAACUAUCGAGCGAAUAUGAAGAGGAUGAUUUUGUGUUUGUGGAAUCCAAUGCCAGAGUGAUUGUGGACAGCGUAACGCUAGCCCUUAUCAAGGGCAGUACUAUUGAUUAUGUGACGGAAUUGAUUGGAAGUCAGUUCGCCAUUGUCGAAAAUCCACAAGCAAAGGGUAGUGGGUGUGGAUGUGGUGUUAGCUGGGAACCCAUUUUGUGA